AUGGAGGACCUUUGCCAGGCCUGGGGUCGUGCUGGCCGUGAUGGACUUCCUGCCAAAUGCUAUUUGUAUUUUUCAUUUGGAGACAGAGUUUUCCACGUAAGAAACAUUUUUGAUCAGCACAAUUUUGAUUCAAAAAGGCAAAACUUCCUCCCUUUUACGGUUUCAGAGGGUCUUAGAUUUUGUGAUGUUUAAGGAAUGUAGACGGAAAAAAUUAAUAACAUAUUUCAACCCAGAAGAAGCUGGUUUGGCUCUAUGUGAUGAUUGUCAUAUUUGCAAAGAUUCUAUGGCAAAUACACCUCUUAUUAACGACUACACACCACAAAUCACCAGAAUAAUUGAGUCGCUUCAGGUUGUGGAAAGGCCCAUCACUAUUAAGUACCUGGCUCAAGUUGCAUCUGGAAAAAUGAAUAAGAAAAUUAGAGAAAAUAGAGAUGAACACUCUUCAAUUUUUUCAAUUUUCAAGUGUACUGUUAAUGCAUGUGAACUUUUCUUGCGACACGCUGUGACAAAGGACAUACUAAGAGAGGUGCCACCUGCACAUGGAGUGAACAAUUGUUCCUACUUGCAGCUGAAACUUGGAAGCCAGUACUUACAGUAUGUUAGUGGACAAACCAAGUUAAUGUACCAUUCCUUGUAAGGCUUACAGGUUGGUGCCUGCAUUACUGUCUCAACUGGUGAUCCUUAAAUUACUGUUGACCAUUGACACCCCAACACCUCCAAUUGGUUAUUGUCUGGAAUUAAAUGGUCACAGCUAGAGUUUAAGGCUAAUUUGUCAUCAGUUACAGGCCGAAAUAAAAUUCAAAUUACAGUGUAAGGCUAUGAGACAAAGAAUCAACCUAGGUUAAAAUAUUUUUACCUAAAUUAUAAUUUUGACCUGUAUCACUUAAUGUAUGGUAGAGGUAAUUGGUCCACUAAGCUUUGUCUGUUAAGUAUAAUAAGCAACAUGCCUGAGUGUUUUCACUCACUAGCUUUCUAUACUCUAUGCCUUUAGCAUUGUUUUUGCCUAGGAAUACUUGUCGUUCAUGUGAGGAAAACUUCAAUUAUCAGUUACAAAGUGUAAGGCUGUAGUAGGGAAAAGUCUGCAUUUCAUCUCGUUAAAAUGUUUUUCGAACAGCUCUACUCCCCGCAACUGUGCGUUCUGGCAGUCUUUGCGUAACUUCUGUUUCACUGAUGGCAACUCCUUGUUUCUUUUGUAGGGGGAAACUUCCUUCCUUGGUCUUGACACCACCAACACUUGAUAGGGGGUGUGCAUGAUCUCGAAUUGACGAAUCUAGGGCAGACCGCGGGACUUUCGUGGACUUUAGCCAAUCGAUGCAGUUCUGCGGCCUUUUUAUCUUGGAAGACAGUCCCGGCCUUCGUGGAAUUGUAGUCGAGUAAUUUUUCGUUACUUUGAACUUUUUGAACUGCUUGUUUCAUAGUUACCUUUGUUUGCAUUCAACGAUGUUAGACAGUAAUGUUUAAAGGCCCAGUUUUUAUGCUGUAUAGAAUAGAUAAAGGAUGCAAAAUAAUCGUUAUUCACCACAUUGGCAGGUCCACCAUGAACAGUACCUUGGUCAAGGCGGAAAGGCCUUUCACAGACUCAGUGACCAUGGCACGUGAUGGCGUUUUGCGAAACAUCCAGUUUAAUGAUAAAGUGACGUGUGUUUUUCCCGCUAAACCCUCUAAAAAAUUGAAACUCCUCAUUAUAUUACAUUGGGAAGCACAACUAAAUUGCACAAGAAGCCAAACAAAUCCCGAGUUUCUCUUGUUUAAGGAGACAAACCUUUGUGUCAAUUUUAAAAUGUCACAGGCUAAAUUCCUUGCUAGAGAAACAAGUCUUGCUUUACGCAGAAGCGAUCCUUUAAUAAUAAGAAUGUGAUCGAUGUCACCUUGUGCUUAAUACUAAAACUCUGUGUUGAAAAUUUGUAGCAGCCAGUGAUAUUGCAAUAUUUGAUUCAUUGUCAUGGAAAUUAAGACAAACACUGAUCCAGUCAACGCUCUAUUAAGUGGUCGUUGUAAAAGGACGCAGGGGAUAAGGCAAGAGAAUAAAGGUAGUGGUUCUUGUAAGUAAGGAAAAUUAAUUGGUGGCAUCAUCAAGCUUGGUUGCAAAGGAAGCAACAAUGUGCAUGUCGGAGUAUCUUCUAUCUACUCCACCUGCACUGAAUUAACCUCCCAGUACAAUUUUCUGCUGGUGGUUUUCAUGUCAGCAUCAAUAGGAUGAUGAGGGAGAGGUAGCAGGUGCAUUGUUUUAUAGGCGGUUUUCUUCAGAAGGGCCUUUUCUGCUGGACUAUUUGAUCCCUUGUCAAAAGCAAUGACCAUUGUCCUUUCAUGGUCACUGGAUUGGCAAAACACAUCGACUUCUUGAUGGUUAGUCUGCAGAGAAAUUCGGUUGUUCCGAGUUUCCUCGCUAUCAAAAAGUGCCUUCACUGACUCUGCAGAGCAUCUUUGCAGCAGCGGCACACCGUCAUGAUAGGCCUAAUACCUAGAAAUGUGUUAGUAUUUUGAUACUACAUUCAACAAUUUUGGUUAUUACAGUCUAGUAUUAUUUGGCUGUUUACAUUAAGUUUAAGAUGGAUAUUUUAUUUUCUCCCCUGUUUCCCUUUUAAAAGAGCACUUAGACGUUGCUGUUGCAGUAGAAGGAGAGCCUUGUAGGAGGGGAAGAGUACAGCUCCAAGAACAGACUUUGUCUGUUUUUGUUGUGAAGGCAAUUGAAUUCCCUUCACUUUGCGUUCCCAGACCAUGGGUCCUGUUGGUAACCCAGUAUUGAAACCGCUGCAGAAAUCUGAAAUACCAGUACUGUUGCUUAUCUCUGCACCAGUGAAGACAAUACAGCAUCAAGUUUGUCGGAUUAAGUGUUAACAGCCUCAGCUUCCGAAAUUGCAGUAAUAUUGAGUGGGCCUAAUUAACAAAUUUGGCCUCCUUGCCUUUAAUUUCACUGUCUUUGUUUCUUUUUACUCUUUGUGUAGCAAAUAAAUAAAACACAAAGGAACAAAUUAAUCUCAAUAAGAAAAUGGUGCAUGUUGUCGAAAAAAAUGUCAGUUAAAUGAUUUGCCUGUGCUGUUAACUUUCUUCAUCUCUUACAACUUUAAUAAGUUUAAUGCAAACAUUAUGAGUUUUUGCUGUGUUUUCAACUGUUUCAACUAUCACCUCUCACAAAAGCAAAGAAUGUUUCAGUUCUUUACCUCUACAGUGAAAGCUUCUUUCUCUGUCUUUCUUUGUCAAAGUUCUUGUAAAAUGCAAGGACGUCGCACCAUAUUUUAUCUCGCUUAACCGUGAUAUUUUCUUCUUCCGGUUUUACUUAGAAUGUGAACACUGUCAGCACUUGCACCAGCGUUUUGUUAGAUUGCUCAGGACCGCAAUUCACCAGUCCAACAAUCGCGUCAUCUAGUGAAAAACCUGAAGUUGUAACUUUUAAUUUACGAAAGGGGCUCUUCUUAGCUGCUCGCCGCUCACGUUGUUGCCGAACAAUCCUGUCUUGCUUCCUGUGGUAAUAAGUGCGAUCGAUCGCUCUCACUGUGCCACAGUGGCUGGUCCAGUAUCUAUUGUAACCCUGCCUGUUGAGUUGUCUUGUUCUCGCUGUCUGCUCAGGGAAGGGUGAGAGUUUCGUUCGUAGUUGUUGUGCUUUCGUCUUCUCCACCCAUCUUUGCUGUUUCUAUUUCAAAAUCUCUUUUCUAUUUUUCACGUACCACUCAUGUUUCCGCUGCUUCACGAUUUCAGGAUCAUGGUUAGGCUUGACAAAACUGGUUCAUGUCAAGGGGGUUCGUCUAUAUCGAUCGUUUUGUCGGCCAAUCAUAGCCCUCGGUCCAGGGAGGGUGCGGGUGGAUGGAAUCUGGUACCCAUGUGGGGUCUACCCCUAAUGUUCCUCCUGUCGAUCAAACCUCUCACCUGAUUCUUUUUUCCACCAAUCUCGUGAUGGUGGUGUGAUGUUUUUCCACGAAUCCUUGAUCAUGAUGCUUCACGUGGGUUGUUGUAUAAAGUUCAGCCCCUUUUGCGGGAAAAUUUAGGGCGCCUCUACGGUCAGUUCAUGUUUCACCAACAGUGACGAACCGUGCUCCCUAUGUGGAGGACACGUUUUAUCACUUCAGUGAUGAAGGAGAGGAAGCCAUUUUGGCCCGAGCCUUUGAUUGUUGGGAGCAGCUGGAAGGUGGAUCUACCUGUGGUCCACGCUGUCAAUUCACCAUGCAACCUAAUGGGAGAUGACGCUGUUGGCGCAAUGUCUUGGAGCAGGUGCAAUUCACCUCUCAGUUGCGCCAACUGAGGGUUCCUGUGGCUGGGGAUAAUAUUGGGCUAGCCUUGACCGAAGCCUUGCAUAAUGCCAUUGAGGCUGAACUACAACGACAAUAGCAACCUGCUCAUCAUUUAGUCAAUUUCGCUCUCACCUCUCACAGUUUUACUCAUGCCUAUAAAACGGCUGAGUUUAAUGUGGGUUAGUUCUUGCAACGGACUGCGUAAUUAGACGAAAUGUUGGCAAGUUGGCAGGCGAGCUGAACAGCAGAGUCCUUCAACCCCAAUUGCAGAUUCCAAGUGGAUGUGGUGUUUUUGUCCAUGCCAGGCCCGGGUACGGGUCAAGGUAAAAAAAAAAACCAUGAACGUCGGUGUUCGAACAGACAAAACAAGGAGAAAAGAUGCAUCAUCACCAUCAAAAACAAGGAUGAAUUGUGUUGCUCUCGCGCUAUCGUCACCAUGCAUGCACACUGUCACAAAGAUGAAGACAGAGAGGGCCAUGGCCAAUGGGAAAAUUUAAAGCGUGGGUGUCCGGUGCAGCAAAGACAAGCCCAGGAACUGCAUCACCUAGCGGGGGGUUGACUUGGGUCCCUGUUGAUUAGAGGACCUCAUGCAAUUUCAGCACAAGCUGGUCUCUUUGGGUUAAGUAAGAUUUAAACCAAUCAUGCAGAACACCUCUUAUUCCAUGUUGGUUAAGCUUAGAAGGAUUGCAUGAUUAACAGUAUUGAAUCUGUUUUUCAAGUCUGUAAAUAUACUCCUAGCAAAAUUGUAAGAAGCCGGAGUGGAAUAAGAUAUGCUAAUAAAACAAUAUGGUAUUAGCACAAAACUCUGCAUUAAUAUUGAAAGUUGUAAUGAUGUUGUGGAACCCAGCUCUUGUUUUUAUUCUGAAGUCCUUCAGCAUAUGGCCUCAUUAUGGAAACUGCACAAGAGCUAUUAUACACUGUCUUACCGGUAACCCCUCCUGAAAAAAAACCCAGCGAAAACAAACAACAGCUGAUGUAUUAAUAUUGAACUAAAGCAGUAAUGAUAGCCUGAGAAAACAGCUGACAUUUUGUGAUGCUAGCACUGGUUUGCCUGCGACGUGACAUCUGAGAAACAAGUGCAGACAUUCCUUACUGAUGAUGCGUCAGUACCCAGCUAUGGCUAUGGCUUCCUUGUCACGUGGUUGCAAACCAAGAAUAGUACAAUUUACAUGUUGUAGUUAAUUUUUUUAUCUCAGGUAAUUUUUGUUUUUCCUUUGUUGUUGGGAAUGGUAACACAUGCUAAUGAAGUUGAAACAAAAGACAAAUAAAGAUUACGUGGGAUAAAAAAUUAUAUACAACAUACAUUUACACUACAACAACAACAAUACUAAGUAUUGUUGAUGUUGUUGUAGCUCAAUAAGAGACAGUGCUGGAAACUAACUUUUUUAGUCAGUUGUGCUGAGACUAGUAGUGGGUGGCAUCAACUUGUCAUGAAGGCAAUUCUGCUAGUCCUGGCUGCCGUCCAUCUUCUGGCCACAAACAUAUAAUUCACACAUUAAAAAUCAUAAUAAAGCAUGACUCACUAUUUAAAUUACUCUAAUGGAAAGUAUAAUCUUUUAUCUUGAGUUUCUUUGGCGAUAAGAAAUUAAUUAAUGCUUCCUUUGCGGAAAGACGAAUUUUCGUUUUUACUGUUUGGAAAAUUUAUACAAUACUGGCAAAACAUUUUCCCCUUCGGUUUCAUUGAAAAGUGUAAACCACGCAAAAUCCUUUUUCCAAGCAGGUUUGAAGUCUCUAUCCUUCUUUGCCUUUUUCACUCUUGUUGGGAAGGGAAUCACCUCUAUGAGCGUUUUCUUCACCUUUCCUUUCUUCAUCUUCCCUGCCACUUUUGAAAUAGCGUAACAAAGUCCCAGCACGAGAGGCCGCCAUUUUCACGAUGUUUUUCGGAGGUGGAUGACGUUCAAUUUGCAGUGGAGUCGACUGAGGGUGGACUGAGAACCAAACCCGGCCCAUUUCCUCACCGUUUUUAAAAUGAUGAUUGUAAAUGCGAAAAUUAUGAGCGUAAACAACGUGAUUGAAAGGACAAUUUUAUAAUGUUACCUGCUGAUUUAACAAAUGUGAAACCAAGGUCCACAGGCUAAAACUUCCACUCGUCCAUGAGAACGACUAACUCAAAAUUCUACCCGUUUUUUGGCAGAUUUUACUCGUUUUAGACAAGUGAACGACCGUUAGUUUCUAGCACUGAGAGAAAUGAAGUCCUUAUUUCUCUUAUUGAGCUUUUGCAAGAGUGCACUGGCCCACAGCUAGCUAGAGCUAAUCUUGGCGGACCAGUCAAUUUACGAAAAGGAAAUAUUCAAUUUUAAAUGAUUAAAACACGGAAAGAUUUUACUUAAUGUACCUUAUCUCCUUUAUCUCCUGUACUACACGUCUACGCGUUCUCAAGCCCAGUUGCUAGGAAGUACUGCAAAGAGGUACCUCAUGAUUUGCAUUGUGUGAUUCCAGAAAAUAUCCAUACCCCCCCCCCCUUACCAUAGGUGACGCGUUACCUUUCUCGUGGACGCGCCAGUGUCUUAUUACAGGCGACCGUUGAAAAUAAGAGACUUUGAAUAAAAAAUAAAUACUGAGACCUUCCAAUGCUAAAUCUAAUUAUUCCUUCAAUGAAAUGAAUAAAAGAGACUUGCCUGCAAUGGAUUCCACUGUGUUUCGGUGUCUGCUUGUCAUUUUACUGGGUUUUUUUCUCUUUGGUGCAGAACCACUGUUACUCUCUUCAUAACACGACUUCAUCAUAGGACUUUUUUUUUUUUUACACUUUAGUUUCGCUGGCUUGAUUGUCUGGGUAAGAGCCACCGCAGGAGUUUGCCAAGUUUAAGUAAACGUCUCGUGGUGAAGGUACAUGGGUAAGAGCCAUCUCUUUCAGGUCACGUACCUUUUGGGUGUUGGUACGAUAGGCUCAUGGUACAGCUGCUCCGGAGAAACGUCCCCAACCCUCUCCUUCCAUAUUUUUACUUUCCUCCACGAUUCUCACGCACAAUAGGUAUCUCUCAUACACACCUCCUUGGGGUGAUGAAUAAACACUGACCUGUUCAGGGAUGGAGUUGAUUCUAAACCCCAACCGAAGUUUAGCCAAUGUGCAUCUCUAAAAGUUAAACCGUCGGUCGCAGUGUGGCGGUUCGUAUACUUAGCCUCUAUGUGUUAUUAAAGAACUGUCUUUGCUUCAUCUGUACCACCUGAAAAGGGUUCCGCCGGUUUACCUCCUCCACAACCUUACACUAAUCACUGGGUUUUCUUUUCUCAAUUUGGGCAAAAUCUGAAUCGUUUCUCAGAAAGGUAUGCCCUCUUGUUCAGAAGUUAUGAUCUAGGAUAUCGUAAACCCCUUGUUGAUGUAGCUCACUGUAAAGACUGAGGACCGUCAAAUUUUUGUUCUGCCCUCCACAACCGUCUGGCUAAGACACCACUGAUUUUGCCCCUGUCCGAUAGAUUUCAAAGAAGUGCCUAAGGCAGGAGGCCACCUCCAAUGAUCCGCGCUUUGCUACCGUCUUGUCCCACAAGUACAUAUACCCAGGGUCUACCACCAUGUCAUGUAUUCCAAAGACGUUCGUCCAGAGCUGGCGUUUGUAUUUUAACACAUCAUUGUGAGUUAGAUUGGGCGUCAGAAGGUUUUGCAUGAAGUCGAAAGAUACCAUAUCCACGGCGUCUUUGAGACAGUAGGCAGCAGUGCCUAAACAACGGGUAUAGCCAUUCCAGCUAUUAACGGCCGCAUUUUUGUCUCCCCGCAUAUUUUGAUACCCUUUGUCCGCCUUAUCUUGGUGGUCCGCCAACUGCUGAUGGGCAACUGUGUCACCUGGAUCAGACUUAAGUGCGAGGUUAAGUCUGUCACAGUUGGCACAGGUGUCCGAGCGUGGAAGUCCGAACCUUAAAUUGAAUUCUGAAUUAUAUACCUUACGAUAGGUGUGCUCUCCCAAUGCCAGCUUCAGUUUUUCGGGGAUAGGACGUCUUUCCUGCCUCGCUCUUAUUAUCUCUCUCUCUCUCUUUACAGGACUUCUGGGUCCUCGGCCUCAAGGUAAAUUAGGUUAUACAUCCGCAUGGGGUUGGGGUUGAGGAACCACUUCUGUGGAGCAUCUUUUCUACAGUAAUGACUCGUCAUCCAUGGGAAUGAUCUAAUGUGAUUCCUUACAUGUACCUGAAACAGUAAGAUUAGAAAAAGUUGUUCGAAAUUUCGUUCCAGGACGUUCAAAUCGUUCGGCAAAGUCGUUAGAUUUGCAUUAUAGUUCUUUUGAUUAUUCUGUUUUAUGUCCUUUGAAAUUAUAAUUGUUAGGUUAUCGAUCCACAUUCGUUCGAUUAUCGUCCACUCUGUACUCGGUUAAAACCUUCAACACAUACGUUUUCUCACACUUUCAUGCCUUUGUCGUUCAGGCUACAUUUGAACACGUAAACACACGAGCAUUUACAUGCGUAUGUAACAAACUAUUAAUAGCAACAUGAAAACGAAUAGGUUCUAUUGUCUUUUUAUGAAAAAAAAUAAAUAAAACAAUAGGAUUUGGAUGACCGAAUGUUAUUCUUAGCGAAAGCAAGUGAAAGCAUGCAAACUUCCUAUUCAUAACCAGCCUGAUUCGUAACAGGCGUGAUGCGGACUGGGAUUGAGCAAGUGGUUGUUAUGACGAUGCUGCACUUGAACGGCGACAUCGUCAGGAUCGAUUGACCUAAAAUGCAGCAAUCAACCAAGUAGCGGUAAAAAUUCGCUUUUUUAGUCAAGAUAUGAUCAAGAACAGGGAAAAUGUAUCAUUUUUAUAAGUUACUUUCUAGAAAAGCUCUUGCUUAUUUUCAAAACGGCCACAGUGGUAGACAGGAGCGAAAACUUCGAACUCGUGCACAUAAAUGUUUGCGCACUACGUGUAGUAAAAUAACCCGAGAAUUGGAAGUAACAUUGCGACUUGGUCCAUGACUUGGACGAACGUUGGUGAGUAAUAAACAAAUUUUAAAGAUUGGGUUUUUAACUGAAUUUUACGUGUUGUCUGUCUCCCGAGUUUUAUUGACGACUCAAAUGAUUUGAAAUAUCAGACAGGUACAACUGAUUUCAUCGCGUAUAAUGUUUUAUAGUUGUUGAAACUCUUUUCUUUGAGCUGUUUUCACUCGAAACGUUUGAUUUUUAUCAAACGUUCUCCUAGACCGUUAGAUGAUUGUUUCUUGAAGCCGUUAGUCCGCACGUUAGAAACGUUCAAAAAAGUUGUUACGAAAAUCACAGCAAAUCCGUUCGAACGCUUUUGUAGGUCGUUUGAUUUUUUUGCCUACCCGUUCAAACCGUUAGCCAACCCGUUAAAGGCGUUAGAAAAGCCGUUAACAAGCCGUUGGUUAGCCGUUAGUUUUUACCCGUUUAAUGGAAAACCAUUAGUGUACGUUUUCGUGGAGAAGGUCACAAAUAGAUUCAGUGAUACAAAUAAGAUCAUGGGUUGUCGAACAUUUUUCUCUGAAACCAAACUGAAGUGGUUAAAGUACAUUUAAUUCUUCCAAAUAACUGUAGAGGCGAUGAUAGGUAGCUUUCUCAAACAAUUUACUGAAGUCGGAAAGUACAGUAAUUGGUCUAUAAUUGUCUUUGUCAAAUCUUGACCCUUUUUUUAAAAACAGGAAUAAUCCAUGCCAAUUUUAAUUUCUCAGGAAAAUUACCACUAACAAAGAAAUCAUUGACUAAAAAGGCAAAAGGCUAAGAUGUAUAGAUUCUAAUAGUUUUCAAUAUGGUAUCAGGUACACUGUAUGGGCCAGAAGACUUGCUAGUAUCCAUUUUACCAAUAAAAGUCCAGGUUCGAUGCGAACUGACAGGGCAUAAAGAAAUUGAUCCUGAGUAGUUACCCCUAAGGUAGAAUGAUGGGCUAUGACUUCCCCGGGGAUCCCCUUCUUUGUAGUUUUACCAACAUUUGCAAAAAAGUUAUUAAGAGUGAAUGUCAGUAAAAAUCAAACAAAUAUCGUAAAUUCAUGGGCACACAAAAUUGAUUCGGUUUAUUUUUGUCCAGGGAAAGGCUAAGGUACUACCUUCAGUAAAAUGGAACUAGUUUUUUGAAAUACGCUUUUCUUUUGAAAUAAACCGUUAAAAAUAAUUUUGCCAUAUUUGGCUAUGGGCCAGCUAAAAAUUUCACUAUGUUCAAAAUAAUCGUGUUCGAUGCAAAAUAUAGCAGCCCGUCUUCUUUUGUUAUAACUAUUCAUUAGGGGCCUUGCUUUAUUAAAAUAUAUGGACUGUUUUCGUCUCUGGUUAUUUCUGUAAGAAAUAAACUCAAAAAGUGAAGGAACAUUUGGCAGCCCUUCAAGGACGUGCAAAAGUAGGGUUAAAUCAUCGCGAUGGAAAGGCGUUUGGUAGUGCCUGAAAAUCGUUGAUGUUGCUACCAUAAAUUUCCCAAAACGCAGUCCUUAAACGUUACAGUAUGUUUUUCUGGGAUCUUAAAGUAAAGUUUUCAAGGGAGCGCCAACUGAAUUUUUCAUAAAAUCGGAAUCUGACCUAAAAUUUAGGUCACAAACGAGAAGACAUCACACAAUAGAUUCGAGAGAGAUAAGUGACAAUUUUGGCUCAUUUAUAGUCAUUUGUAGUCAUUGUGAUGCUUAAAACUGCGAAAUGUAAGGGUGUAACUCCACACCCUUCUCUACUAUUCACUUCUUUGCCACAUGCCAGUAGACAUUCAACCAAUGUUCCCAGGUUCCUUUCAACAGCAACCUGCAACACAGUUGAGAGACCGUCAUCCUUGAAGCCAUGCCAUGUUCUACCUUUUGAUUUACCACCGUUUUCGUUGAUAGGCGACUUUAGAAAACAAAACACCCGAAAACGUUUCCAAAAUUUCCGUCAAUCAUGCAUGUUAUCAACAGAUCGGAUCGAAAUCCACCAAUCACAGCCACUAGUGUGACCUGCUGACCUCGAUAACACGCAUGAUUGACGGAAAUUUUGGAAACGUUUCCGCGGGUGUUUUCUUUUCGAAAGUCGCGUAUCAAGGAAAACGGUGGUAAUGAAAUCAAUGGCUUUCUUUAAGGUAUCAGCCACCCUUCAGGACCGUCCGCGCGCGGAUCGCUGUAGCGUUAGUUGUUUUUAUAAAAACCCCUAUAAACCAUAUAUUUUUUAAAAGCUUAAUAAUUCCAGAUUAUGGAUUUGAACUAACAAAAACGAUUUACUCAAAUGUGUUUCGAAAUUGGAACGCUUUGUGUAAACGUACACGUCUCUAUAAAUCAUGUUCCACUCCCGCCGGAAAUAAACGGAAGAAAACAAUUAACACCGCAUUUGCUUCUCAACAUGUUCCACUAAAAAACCGUGUCUCAGAUUUUUGACAAGUGCGUUUGUUUUUCUUUUAUUAGCAAAUGAAGUUGGGGAAGGCAAUUAGUCAACACUCCCUGUGGAAAAAAAGCUCUAGCUUUAAAAUGAAAAGGAGUAUUAAAAUUCGCAGACACGGUUUUGUAGAAGAGAUAUAUGGCAUCACUCUGGCCAAAUUUUAGCCAAAUUGAUUGAAAGGCUGCCGACUUGGAGUUCAAAACGUACGAGUCGAUCGGCAAAAUUUGCGUUCGGAGAUAAAAAAGAAAAUACAUUUUUGGCGGCAUCCUACCUGGAAUGAGAUUAUAACACCUAAAUGUUUAUUCUGAUUGAUAUCAGAGAGGGAUCAAUUUUCUCUAACAAUAGGACUUUGACAGGUAACAUGUAACAGGAAAACUUCCAGUCUUUUACAACACGAGAAGCACGGUUUAAUUCUUUCUCGAGCAAAAGUUUUGCCUCUCCUUCGAUCUUUUUUGUAUGAUUUGUUGAUCGGCGCCAGGCCAAGGAAACUAAAAAAUUUUGAAGCCGCCGAAUGUCCACCACCGAUUGCUCGAAGGCCAAGAACUGAGGUCCGGUUUAUUUCAAACGCUCUGCUCUUCUCGGAAGAAUUAAAAACAGAAUUUGUCUUGUGCGACGGACAGCUUUCAUUCUCGCGCUGGAUUCUCCAGGUAGAACCAAGUCCAUGCUUAGUCGCUACAUUUUCCAUGACUUGGACUCUUCCCCGGCAAAAUCGACAAGAUACAGACUCGUCCAGUUUCUCAAGCAGCUUUUCUCUCGAUACGAUAGCCCGAGCGCUUAUUGUUUUCCACGUUCCAUCAGCAGAUGGGGUCGAUGAGCUUAAUUGGCUUUCUUCAUCUGGCUCUUCAAGCUGGAUUUUGGAGCGGCUUGCACUCUCAGCAACUGCAGCAUUUUCGCUUUUCUGAAUAUCCAACUCCUCGAGCCACUUCUCUUGCUGAUAAAAUUUUGCGGCCCAUUCGAUUUCUUUUUCGCUCUCGGUUUCGAUGACGAAAACGGACACGACCUUUUCUUUUUUCUUGGCGGCAUUUUCACCGAAGCAAACGCUAAAUAUCCACGGAGAAUACUAAAGGCUAUAAACAACGCGAAGACAAUUCGCACGUGUUGUGUCCAAUCACGCACGCGGAAUCACGUUACUAGUUCACAGGCAAGUUAAUUGAUAUGACACGGGUAUGACAGAUCUUGUCAACGAUCAAUUAAGAUAAUUAACGAGAAAAAAUCUUUUUCUUCUGAUUUUUUUUUGAAAGAAAGCUCUCAAGCAUAUCUAUUUGAAAACGUUGAAACCUCAAAUAUGGAAAAAUGGCAAUUUUAAGGGUGGCUGAUACCUUAAGAGCAUGCCUUCAACCCCUGAUACUAAUUCUUUGAUGAUCUCAGCCAUUUUGUGUGUUUUUUGUUUCAUAGCUGUCUUGAAGUUACUUGCACUUAAAUGGUCUGGGGUAAUAAUUACCGGUUCAGUUUGACUAUAUUGUACUUCAUGCUCUGCAAAAAGCCUUUCUCACUGAUUCUAAAUGUUGUAAAACGAAGUUAAGCUAAGUUCACCAAGGAAAUAGUUCAAAGAGAGAAUAGUUCUAAGGAACUAACAUCUUCGAUGUGGACUGCCCGGCUGUUAAAGCACACGAAUAUGCAACCACACACUUUGAUAACGCUACGAGCGCGCUUCACAUAGAAGGGGCCAAAGAAGUCCAGGUGAACGGGGGAUGAUAAGGUACCAGCCUUUCCUUUGGCAGGUCCGCCAUCGCUUGCUGUAAGGCAGGCAUGUUCCGCUUGCGGCAACUUAUACACUUGCUCAGGAUCUGACGCACCAAAGCUCUUCCUCUCAGUAUCCAGUAACGUUGGCGGAGGACGGACAACACAUGUUCACGGCCUGCGCGGCCCAGCACAUGGUAGUAACGAACUAUCAAUACAGACACAGGGCUUGACUUUGAAAGAAUCACUGGCACGGCGGCUUCAAAGGUAAUCGGCGCACGGUGAAUUCUUCAUCCAACACGUAUAAUGCCAUCAGUUAGGAUCGCACUAAGAGUGGCCAAACUACUGCUACAUUUCACCUGUCUGUCUUCUUUCAAAGCCAUGUACUCUUCACGGACAUGUUGGUGCUGCACCAGUCGCGUAAUUACUUUGUUUGCUCGCUGAACCUCAACAAGGGUAAGUGUACCUCCGUCGAUACAUUGAGGUUUUCCUUUCUUUAGUGCCUUGACAAAGUGAAGCACCCAUGACAUCACUCUCAGCAGACGGGACCACGAUGAAUAGCGCUUAAGUAGGAGAUCAACUUGGGACGUGUCAGUGGUGAACAUGAUUGUGGCUGGUUUUCGUAUUUCUUUAUCAUCACUUCGAAUGUCUUCCACCUGAGCAUUAGGCCACUGUUGUUCAGGCUGCCACAGAAAGCAAGGGACCUGACCACCACCGACAUCCGGGUUGGAAAUGCUCUAUGGUGACGCUUCGUGAACCCUCAUCAGCGAGGUUCAUACUCGCCGGAACAUGAUGCCACUGUUCCGGGGAGGUUGAUUCGUGAAUCGCGGCCACGCGAUCUGCAACAAAAGUUUGGAAGCGUCAUGACUGUCGGCCAUGUUUUUGUAGGGUUGGUGGAACGCAUGGGAUCUGGAAUCCGGAAUGCGGAAUUCGCAACCCUUUUCUUUUGUUAUUUGUGGAAAAUCAUUUCGCAUUUACAAUAUUUUUUUGUUUCUCUGUUGUUAAAUUAUAGAAUAUUAAGCAGGAAGUCUCAGAGGUCUUCUUAGCCUGCUCUAAGCAUAAGGGGGAUUCCCUAUCCAAACUGUCGCUGCUGUUGAAAAUGUCUCAAUUUAAAUAUCUUACUUCUUAAGAGAAGAUAUCUGAAAUUGAUAAACUAUGAUUUAAGAACAGCUGAACAGUGCAAAUGUGAAGUGCCAAUACGUCAUUUCAAGCUUAUAUUAUUUUCCUUGCUCUCGCUACUUUUCCUCGUCUUUUCCUUUUUAAGUGUGAUUUUCGGGCACAGUGAGAAACGAACCAUCUUGGCCUAAUAAUAAUAUUACCUGUAAGUUGUCUCUUCUUUGCACUCCAAGAAAUCGACUUGUGAAUGUCUUUGAAUAGCCUGAGAAUGACUUUUCCGGAACUUAGAACAAAUUGCUGUUGAGAGUAAUUCAGGCUCACAAAGUUAACGGGGGUGACUGAACAAGCUUUCGUAUGUGAUAGGGAACGCCCUCUUUCACUCGUGCCGCUGCCCCCUUACUCCACUACUGUCCCAGCUCUUAUAUACUGUGCGUUUUUAGCAAACUUUCUUUGCUGUGGAAAACAUUUCAACAAUCUGAAUUGAAACAUUGAGUCCCUCACAUGAGGUUGCCUUCAAAAGGCAAGUAGGUGAUUAGGGAGACAGUUUUGUUUUACGUCAUGAAAAAAUCUAAACUACGCUUAGUGGCCUGGCUAUUUUCGCAUGAAGUUCAUUCGAUGAUACGACUCUGAAAAUCUUCGAAGUUGAAACACUGGAAAACUUUGCAAGAGGGCUGGGUAAAUGCCCUUGACACCCUUUAUGACUUAAUCUUGAUACCUGAUAAUCUUCUUUGUAUGGGCGAG